AUGUGGGUUUGGAGGUGGCCUGUCCGAAGAACGCUGGUGAAGCUGCCACUGGAAGGGUUCCCGUUUUGGAGACUCCCAAGGGCUGCAUCUUUGCGAGUGGUGCAAUUGCCAGGUAUAUCUCAAGAAUCAGUCGACCAGUUGGCCUCUAUGGUCAAAAUCUCAUCGAGGGCGGCAUGA